UUUUUGUGUAUCUUAUAUAUAUAUAUAUAUGUAUGUAUGUAUGUAUAGGAAUGACACCACAGAAACGCAUGUACGGAAGUUUAAUGACGCCUAAUGAGUUGAAAUCAGCAAUGGGCACCGUCAAAAUAUUAGAUGGUUCAUGGCACAUGCCAAAUGCACAUCGAGAUCCCUAUAAAGAAUAUUUGGAAAAAAGAAUUCCAGGCAGUCAAUUCUUUGGUAUUGAUACAAUUAAGGAUACCUCAGUUGAUCUUCCUCAUAUGCUCCCUCCUCCUGCGGUCUUUGCUGAAGCUAUUGGUAAUAUGGGUAUUAGUCAGGAUGAUCAUGUUGUUGUGUAUGAUACAGCUGGAGUAUUUUCUGCUUGUAGAGUCUAUUGGACAUUUAAGGCUUUUGGACAUGAUACAGUUUCUGUCUUGAACGGCGGAUUGCCUCUAUGGGAAAAAAUAGGUGGCUCAAUCGAAAGAGGCAAACCUUCAGCUGUUGAACCUAAACACUAUUUAGUACCAAAGAUCAACAAGAAUCUUGUACGCGAUUAUCAAACUGUAUUAGCCACUGGACGUGCAGUAUUACAAGAAGAAUUGACAACAACAAUGAAUUAUAAGGACGGAAUGAGAGCACAGAUUCUAGACGCACGUCCCUAUCCUCGUUUUACAGGUGAAGCACCUGAGCCACGCGAAGGUUUGAGCUCUGGACAUAUGCCGGGCUCUAUUAGCAUCCCAUUUAACGAAGUUAUAAAUACAGCAACAGGCGAAAUGUUAGAUAAUGAUCAAUUACUUCAAGCAUUUGAAGGAAAAGGAGUUGAUCUUUCAAAGGAAAUUAUAACAAGCUGUGGAAGUGGCAUUACUGCUUCUAUUCUUUAUUUAGCGUUGGAAAGAAUUGGUGCUAAACAUUUAGCUGUUUACGAUGGUAGUUGGACUGAAUAUGCGUCAAAGGAAGAUGCAAUCAUUAUUAAGGAUUAAUUUUGAAAGAUUUUAUAAAUAAGCUUUCAUGUUUAUCCAUUUUCAAAAAAUACAUUUGAAACAUAAAAAAAAAAACAAAAAACAAAAGCAGCGAUUGCUGUGUAUAUAAAAGAAGUAUGCAAAUUUAUUAUUACCUUCAUUUUAUUACUAUUAUUAUUAUUCAACCAUAUUAUUAAACGAUGCCUGUUAAUUCUAUCAAGCCAGUCGAUUUAUCUGGCG